UAUAAACAAUCUCAUUCCUUAAUCCAACCCAUCACAAUUCUAAUUCAUCCAUUCAAAUAUCUUUUACUACCUCACAAAUCAAAACAUGACUCUCCUUCAACUCACAAAAAAACCAAUAUUUUUCACUCUUUUUGCUAUACUCAUUCCAAUAAUUACUACAAAACUCUUUUUUACACCCUCUCUCUCAACCUCAAUUGCUUGUGCCACUUUCAUCACAUUAUUAUUAUGGUUUAUAUACCUAACUAAUUCCAAUUCAAACAGCCAUAAGAAAAAUUCUUCACCUCCAAGCCCUUUUUCUGUUCCUAUAUUUGGAAACUGGCUUCAAGUUGGCAAUGAUCUCAAUCAUCGUAUGCUUGCAUCCAUGUCACAAACUUAUGGACCACUUUUCCUACUCAAACUUGGUUCCAAAAACUUGGUUGUUGUCUCUGAUCCAAACCUUGCCACACAAGUUCUUCAUUCACAAGGUGUCGAGUUUGGUUCUCGUCCUCGUAACGUUGUCUUUGACAUCUUCACUGGUAAUGGACAAGACAUGGUUUUCACUGUCUAUGGUGAUCAUUGGCGCAAAAUGCGAAGAAUCAUGACAUUGCCAUUUUUCACUAACAAAGUUGUUCAAAAUUAUAGUAACAUGUGGGAACAAGAGAUGGAUUUGGUAGUUCAAGACCUAAAGGCUAAUGAGAUUGUUAAAAGUGAAGGCAUUGUUAUCAGAAAACGUCUUCAGUUGAUGCUGUAUAAUAUCAUGUAUAGGAUGAUGUUUGAUGCCAAAUUUGAGUCUCAAGAAGAUCCUUUGUUUAUUCAGGCUACAAGGUUUAACUCUGAGAGAAGCCGUUUGGCACAGAGUUUUGAAUAUAAUUAUGGAGAUUUUAUACCAUUGCUUAGGCCAUUUUUGAGAGGCUACCUUAACAAGUGCAAGGACCUGCAAACUAGGAGGCUGGCAUUUUUCAACAACUACUUCAUUGAGAAGAGGAGAAAAAUAAUGGCAGCCAAUGGGGAGAAGCAUGAGAUAAAAUGUGCAAUUGAUCAUAUCAUAGAUGCUGAGAAAAAAGGUGAAAUAAGUGAAGAUAAUGUGACUUACAUAGUAGAGAACAUUAAUGUUGCUGCAAUAGAGACAACACUAUGGUCCAUGGAAUGGGCAAUAGCAGAGUUAGUGAAUCAUCCAGAAGUUCAAAGCAAAAUUCGUGAUGAGAUAUCAAAAGUGCUUAAAGGAGAAUCAGUUACAGAAUCAAACCUAAACCAGUUACCAUAUUUACAAGCUACAUUGAAAGAGAUAUUGAGAUUGCAUACACCAAUUCCAUUGUUAGUACCACACAUGAACCUUGAAGAGGCUAAGCUAGGAGAGUACACUAUUCCAAAAGAGUCUAAGGUAGUUGUUAAUGCUUGGUGGCUUGCAAAUAAUCCAUUAUGGUGGGAAAAGCCAGAAGAGUUCAGGCCAGAGAGGUAUUUGGAAGAAGAAAAUGGAAUUGAUGCUGUUGCUGGUGGAGGGAAAGUUGAUUUUAGGUUUGUGCCAUUUGGUGUUGGAAGAAGGAGUUGUCCUGGAAUUAUACUUGCAUUGCCAAUAUUGGGAUUGAUUAUUGGAAAGUUGGUGUCAAAUUUUGAGAUGAAGGGUCCAAAUGGGACAAAGAUUGAUGUUAGUGAAAAAGGUGGACAAUUUAGCUUGCACAUUGCCAACCACUCCACUGUUUUGUUCCAUCCAAUUAUUUAGAAGCAUGAAGAAUAAGUCUCAAGCUCCCAAAUGCUUUCUUACAAGGAUUUGUUUAAUUUCUUUCUUUCUUUCUAUUUUGAUUUUUGCAUGUAAUGUUUCAUCAUAAAGGAACUUUCAAUUAAGUUGUUAUCACUACUCAA